UCAUUCCCACUUAGCUUUGUAUUGUCAGAAACUUUGGUACUUCCAAUCUUUUUGACUAAGGGAGUCAACUGAAAGAUGAAGGUUGGAGGGUAAAAACAGGACAGUGGAUGAGAUUAAAGAAGAUGGCAAUAGAAGCCCUAUUCUUGGUGGGGGAAAGAAACACAAUGUUUUGUUUUGAUAGAGAUCUAGGCCAAGAUUUUCACACCUUACUUCCAUCUAAAAUGGUGGAUCAUUAGAGAGUUAGGAAUCCAGUGAAUAUUGGGGUUCUUUGACUGAAUCUCAGCAAUAGCAUCCUCUCAGAGUACCCCAGUUUAUCAAGAUGCGUGGGGUGACCUAAUUCUGUCCAAGGAUUUCUAAUUACGCAAAACCUGCAUGGUUAGAAUAAGUCAACUGGAAAUGGAUUUUGAGGUGGCAGGAGUAUAGAGGGGAAACAAGGGAAGCUGCUUCCUGGUUUGCUCACUCUCUUACCUGAAGGCCCUGCAAGAUGAGGACCUACAAUGAGGUGAUCUUUACCAAGGAUGGGAGGAAGAGACCAACCUUUCCAGUUAACCAGGUACGGAUGGCUAUAACUGACAUCAGGAGCACAGGUGUAGUCACUCCGACUGUGGAACAGUGCGUAAAGAGGAUCAAGAACCUCAGGAUGGUGGAGAGGCCAGUGACAGAUUUUAGAUGCCAAGCCCAACCUCUGACUUCUAUAGCGUGCCACACCACAGAACGGCAGGCACGCUUUUUAUAUAGCUGCACCUCUGUCAGAUGUUUCUCAAAUCCAUCUGAACCUUCCCUCACUGUCAGCCUCAUCCUGUUGCUCUCUCGCACUCAUACCUCAUUACCAUUCACAGAUGGGAUCCUUUCCUGCUGCCUGCAAAAAAAAAAAUCAUUGACAACCGUCAUAGCUCUACUUUGUCGUCUUGCAGGACAAAAGGGCAAAUCACGUCAGGUAGGGCGUAUACGCUCUGGUGAUGGACAACUUGACAGCCAAUGACAACGUGCAUCUAACUAGUCCACUCAGUUUAUUCCAAAGGGCUGCAGAUAUUAGCAUCACCCUACAGUGAAGGCCUAAGGCACUGGUGCUGAGAUAUGGCUAAGAGCUUAUUCUCUGCCUAUAAUCCCUAUUUCAGGGGUUCUGCCUUCAAGCUGGAUGGCUGUCUAUCCCUUCUGUCCUAUUGCACAUCGAUCAAGAGAAGGCAGCUACUGAUACCAGUGCUGCUCCACUUGCUGUUUGUCAGAAGCUGCAGAGAGAUAUAGACAGGUUACAUGAAUGGGCAGGUUGGCAGAUGGAAUGCAUCUUGGGGAAGUGAGCAUUUACUUUCAAUACCAGAACAGGGAAGGAAAAUAUACUUUGUUAAAUGACCUGAAAUUCUGGAUGUUAAUAUUCAUAAAUGUCCUGGCUGUACUCUGAUAAAGAACACACAGUUUGCAUGCAUUAUCGCAAGCAAUUGGGAAGACAAAUGACAUGUUGGCCUUAAUUGGAACAGGUUUGGUAUCAGAAGUUCAGUUGGUGCUGAUAAGCUGCUGCUAUGUGUAUAGCAGGUUAGUAGCAAGAAACUGCAGCUGAAAGUAAGUGAAUUAGGUGCCAAGAGAUUGAAAAAUAUCUGCCAUGCACUGAAAGCAUACUCCGAGAAGGAACACAGUAAACAGCAGUCUCUCGCCUGGCCACAGGUACAGAUAUUCAGUUUUGCUCUUUAAAGGAUUUCCAGCUGAUCACAUUUGCUAAUACACCUAACCUGCACAUCCCUGAUAGUUUAAUUGAAGUUGCACUCUGUACUAGAAGUUUCAUGCAACUUGAGAAGUAAUCCAUUGCCUGUUAAAUACAGUAUUUAAGUUUUGUUUUAACUAGGACAAUUGUUAAUACAUGCAGGUUCCCCACUUGCCUUCAGACAAGCCCAAGUAAAAUCAGAAAGAGGGUGGAUGAUGACAUGCCUCCCCAAAAAUGACAUGUUUCAGGACAUUUCACUCCUUGCACGUGACCAGAUCAGCCUUUGUUUUCCUGAGAAGAAUCCCUCUGUAUAAGCAAGGAUAAGUUGAACCUUCCAUGAAGCACAAAUUAGGUUUCAGCUGGUGCAUUGUAUUUAGAAAGGAUUUCAAAACCUUAGAGAGGAUGUAGAAGAGAAUUACUGAAAUGGUACCAGGGAUGAGAGACUUCAGUAAUGCAAAGAAUUUGAAGCUGGGUUGUGUUCCUUGGACUGGAGAAAGUUUACGUGAAUAUUUGGGAGAAACUUUUAAAAUAAGAACAAGUUUUAACGAAUAAGGUAAAACUCUUUCCAGUGGCAGAUGGGUUGUUAACCAGAAGAGCCAGAUUUAAGAUGUACCAGAAGGAAACUUUCUUCAAUUUUAAUGUGAUCUGGAAUAGAUUGCGUGAAAGGAUGUAGAAGCAGAUUUAAUAGUAACUUUUCAAAAUAUAAUUGGAUAAGUAGUUAAAGGGAAUGAAUUUGCAAGGCUCUGGGGAAAGAGUUGUGGAAUGUGAUUAGUUGGAUAAUUCUAUCCAUCCGCUCACAAAGGCAUAAUGACUGACUGACCUCCUUCUGUGCUGUGUCGUUCAAUGCUUUUAUGAAAGUACAUUUCUCAGUCUGGAGAUUGUGAUGAUCAGUAGUUGGUUAGUGGGUUCUUUUGUGGGUGCUGGUACUUAGGUUUGGAUCAUUCCUGCAGUUGGUAUGUUUCCUGAUGUCUGUGUUUGAAUAGCACUCGGAGCUUAGAAUCAUAUAGUACAGAAGAGGUCUGCAUUGCCAAAACUAUUCAUAAUUUACACUAGUCUGUCUUUCCAGCACUUAGCCUUGAACAUUGUGAUAUUUCACCUGCUCAUCUUAGUACUUUUUAAAGGUUGUGAGGUUUCUUGUCUCAACUACAAUUCCUUACUGUGCAUUCCAUUUUAACUAAGGGGAACAGUUGCUUUCUGUCCAACCUGCCCAAGCCCUUCAUAAUUGUGUAUGUCUCACUUAGGACCCCACACCCUCAACUUUCUUUACUCUAAAGAAAACAACCUGAGCUUAUCCAGCACUCUAAAAUGCUCCAUCCCAGGAGACAUCCUGGUGAAAAGAACCGUUCUCUCUUCUGAUACUGGAUUGUGAUGACUACUUGCUACAUCUGUCAAGAUGUGCAAUGACCAUUUCAAAAAUGAGGACACCUGCAAAACAAAACAGCUGUUUCUAGACCUCUGUAAUUUCCAGUUCUAAUUAGACUUCCAAAACAAAGUUUGUAUUCUAAUGUGCUGUUGGGGCAAAAUCAAGGUUUGCCAGGAGGUUCAUCUUGCCUUCUUCAAUGACAUCUUCAGACUGAAAUUCCUCUAUUUUAACCCUUGGUGAACAGAAGGGGAUCAAAAUGAAUUAAAACAUAAUUAGGCUUCUGACCUUAUUGUUGGCUGUUCGAGGCUUUUACAUCCACAUUAAUGAGUCAUUAAUGAGACUCUCCUGAAUACACAUGGCCAGGCAUGAAGAUUGCUUUCUUGUUGUUUAAGAAAGCAGCAUUUGUGCUUGACCAUGUCCAGGAAUAAACUUUUCUUGAGAUUCAAAAGCUAUUAAGUGCAGAAAAUGCAUGGCUUCUUCCUAUGGACCCUUCAGACCCAAAUGGGAGUAAUGAAAACUAUUAAAAUAAAGACAGCCGUACUCUAUGGGUUUCCAUUUGAGCACUGUUGUCCCAGCAUCAGUGUAAAAAUACUUACUUUCAAUCCAUUUUUGCUGUGGACUUAUUCUUUGCAGUUCUGCCUCCACAAGAAUCUGAAUGAAGAAAGAACAUCUUCAAUGUCUGCAAUUCUGAGUACUUCAAUUACCCAUACGGCAGUUUGCUAUGUAGCAAUAGAAUGGUACACUUAAUCUUAGUCAUUUUUAAAUUAAAAUUACUGAAGCUGUCUGGAGACCAUAUAUACUUCUCAAUUUGGGUUCCAUGCUUUGUGUGUUGCUAACUUGUGCGGUUAGUAUUCUGCAAUUGAUGGCUGGCCACAUGCUAAUUGAAUGGAUUUGAAAUACGUGAUAUUGCCUGGAAAAUACAGUUCUGUAGCAUGUUACCCAUAUUCCAUCAGGAGUGGAAGAGUAAAAUUUCUUUCAACGGUUUGUGCUCUUUUCUUAACAGCAUUUAUUAAGCAAAGAAGAGCAGGAUUGAAUGAGUUCAUUCAGAAGCUAGUAUCACAUCCAUCAUUAAGUCAACACCUUGAAGUUCGUGCAUUUCUUCAAAUGGAUAACCCAAAGAAUCAGUCAGAUCCAUCAGAAGAUGAAGAUGAAAAGCCUGGUCAUGUGCAACGUUCUACCUCUGAAAGCAUUUAUCUUGGUGCCUCAGGAAAUCCCCAGGCUAUGCCAACAGACUUUACUUUCUUGAAGCUAAUUGGCAAGGGAAGCUUUGGCAAGGUUUUACUUGCGAAACAUAAAACUGAUGGGAAAUUUUACGCAAUUAAGGUCUUGCAUAAGAAAGUAAUCCUAAAGAAGAAAGAGCAAAGGCACAUUAUGGCUGAGCGAAAUGUGUUGUUGAAAAAUGUGAAACACCCCUUUCUGGUUGGACUACAUUAUUCAUUUCAAACCACAGACAAGCUGUACUUUGUCCUGGAUUUUAUUAAUGGUGGAGAGUUGUUUUUCCAUCUACAAAGGGAGCGUUGCUUCUCCGAAGACAGAGCCAGAUUCUAUGCUGCAGAAAUGGCCAGUGCCCUGGGAUAUUUGCAUUCACUCAACAUUGUUUACAGGGAUUUGAAACCAGAAAAUAUCCUUUUAGACUCACAGUACCUUGCACCAGAAGUGCUCAGAAAGCAACCUUAUGAUAACACAGUUGAUUGGUGGUGCCUUGGCUCUGUUCUAUUUGAAAUGCUCUAUGGCUUGCCUCCUUUCUACAGUCGUGAUACUGCUGAGAUGUAUGAAUACAUCCUUCACAAGCCUUUGCAGCUGAGGCCUGGAGCAAGUGAUGAGGCCUGUUCUAUCCUGGAGGGAUUAUUGGAAAAAGAGAGGGAGAGAAGACUAGGAGCAAAAGAUGAUUUUGCUGAAAUCAAAAGCCAUCCUUUUUUUGAUGUUAUCAAUUGGGAAGAUCUAGAUCGGAAGGAAAUUCCUCCACCAUUUAACCCCAGUGUGGCUGGACCUGAAGAUCUACAAAAUUUCGAUCCAGAGUUCACAGAAGAACCAGUUCCUCAGUCUGUUUGUCGAUCUCCUGACCGUUCAGUUGUAAAUGCUAGUGUUUUAGAAGCUGAUGAUGCAUUUAUUGGUUUUUCUUAUGCUCCGCCUAUUGAAGAUUCAUUCUUAUAAUGGACAUUUUCAUUGAAUUUUUUGUUAAGUAACAAACUGCUCAGCAUGAAAUGAAAGCACUUGUGUGCUUUUCAAUGUGCACCACAACUAUCAGCUUUCCUCAGACAGAGCCUGUAGUGAUUGGGUGAAUGUAUAGAACUAUUUAAAAAAAACUGUACAUUCUGUGUGCAACUUGUAAAUGAAACAAAUAUUCAAUUGCUUCACUCGUUCCAAGUCUAAAGAUUCGAAAGUUAUGUAUUUUAAGGACAGUCUACUUAUCCAAGACUUUACUAAUUUCUGGAAUUCUGAUAAUGUGCUGUACUAUAUAUAAUUUAAAUAUUGUGGAAAAAACUUAUCCCAUUACUGGAUAAUUAAGUUUGCAUAAGUACGUUGUGAUAUUUCUGAAAGAAUUGAUGUAUUGUGGUCCAAAGAUGGUGAUGAAAUCACACUUCACAAUGUAAAACUGCUAAUGAUAUUUUAUAUAUUUUCACCUCAAAGCCAUCUAUUUUGAUCUGUGAAGAUCAUAUAUUGAUUUAGGUUAUAACUUAAUCUCUUUACUGGAAAUCCAACUGAAUUGUCACUGUAUAUAAAACUGCAAUUAUGAUAUAGACAUUACUUGAAUAAUGGAGGGAGAAUUGUGGCUACUCAGGUGAAAGAUGUGAAGAUUUUCUUUGGAGUUAUUUAACAUGUACUGGCCACCAAUGAUUGAUCGUGUCUGUUUUGUUUUAAAAACCUGUAUAUAUACAAAUAUACAAAUUUUGCAAACAGUACUUUAAUUAGAUGCAACUAAUACUUUUAUAAUUGUAUAUGUAUUUAACUCCAUGUUGUGUGCAGGAGAUGGAUAUAUAUAUAUAUAUUGAUAACAGCAAAACUACUAAAUAGCACAUGUUCAAAUAUGUGUAUGUGUGUAUAUUCUAAAUGGUCAUUUUAGUUUUCAUGACAUUUUUUAUUACAUUUAAUGUUCUGUUUUAAAAAGUAAGGAAGGUUCAAAGAUAGCUCUAAUGAAAAGGUUGGUUCGAAAUCCAAGCAAGUACUUUUACCCCUUUACUCCAGUGGUACAAUAAGCGCAGAUUGUCUGGAUGGUGGUGCAAAUAUUUUCACCUGCUUUUCCUUUCUGAUUAAUUAUUUUUACUGUCUUUCAUUUCUGGUUUUCAAUUUUGCAGGAGUUUAUAGGAUGUCUAUUGGUCAUUCAGGGAAAACCUUUUUAAUAACAUGCAUUCAAAUAAUUAAUGGGACACCUUUCAUUUGCUUGCUUCGCUUCAAAGACUUUGACUUAUUCCUUAUGACUCAAAGCCCAGUAACCAUAUUUAAAGGAGAAUUUCGGAAUCAUGUUAAAAAUAUUCAGCUGCAUUAUAAUUAACAGAAGGAAACUGAGUUCCACUUUAAAUGUAUAAAGAAAGCACAUGCUGUCAGAAUGUUUCUCAAUAACUUGAUUUUAUACAGACUUCAACACUGUGAAAAUUUCCCAAGAAUUGUCACAGGUACAUGUCAGAUAAAAUCUGGCACUAACAUGUUUGAGACAGUAGGCUAGGGAAUCAAAAGCCUGAUCAUUAUAAAAAGUAGAUUUAUGCAAAUUCUUAAAGGAGGAGAGAGAGGAUAAGUGGUUUAGGGCAGUGGUUCCAACCUUUUCAGUAGCAUGGCACACUUCAAUGAGACAAUUCCACAGUGUUUGCGCGCACACUUUUUCCUGUUUUCCCUUUGGCCAUGUGUAAUUAGAAUGUUCAUGUUUUAGCAUCAAAAGACUAAUACUUUGCUUUUAAUUUGAUGAUUAAUUUUCAUGUGUUUUAGGAAUUGUUAUUUUGGUCAGAUAGAACAAUGUUUGUCUUAUCUUGAUCUUCAUUAUCUUUGUACAAAAUUUCACUGCGUACUGGAAAAGAUUUCACUGCACACUAGUGCCACGGCUGGUGAACGCCACUGGUUUAGGGAGGAAACUCUCAGGCCUUGGACCAUGGCAACUAUGGAGUGAUUAAAUUGGGGAUGCACAAGUGACCAGAAUGCAGGAAGUGCAGAUUUCUACGGAAGCGGCAGGGGAGUGAUGGGUGGAUUGUGUCAUAUAGCUGGAGGAGAUCAAAAACAUAGCGAAGGAUGAAGCAAUGGCAAGUCUGAGGGGAAACAAUUCAAUUUUAAAACUUCCAUCUUUCAAUGGAAACCAGUGCACACUACCAAGCACGUGGGUGAUGGGUAUACAGAAAUUGAUGCAUGUUGGGACAAAGGCAUUUGCAUUUUUGAUUACCUCAUGUUCAUGGAAGGCACAACAUGAAGGUGAUUGAGUGAGACUAAUUCAUGACAGCAUAAGACCAUAAGACAUAGGAGCAGAAAUUAGGCUAUUCAGCCCAUUGAAUCUGCUC